GCUAACAAGCGGACUAGUAAUUUCCAGAAGUGUUAGCCGACUAGCUGUUAGCCUCGAAGGAGCCAUCUGCUUUGAGGCUAACAGUUGGCACGGUCAUCUGUGUGAUUAAGACUAUUGAACUGCACGGUUUUCUGUUAUUAAAAUUACACAUCAUAACAGGUGAGGUGGGUUAUACUUGGUUGAUUCUGUGGUGAUUAUAUGACUAUAUGCGUUAAGGCUAAUAAAAAAAACUUUAAUUCUCGUGAGACUGUUGCUGUUACUGUUACUGUCACUCAUGGUUUGUCCCCGCCGACGCACCAGCCAAUUGAAUAGUCGAAACGUGUGAUUGACAGAGCUCACAGCCAAUAGCAACCCCACAACAAAUAUGAUGGCUCUCUCGGCGGCGUUCCAGACAGCGGGCGUCUCUUUCCGGCGCAGUAUGCUGGGAUGCUGAUGCUGAGGAGCCUCGCUGAUCUGUAGCAUCAUUUGAUCUCAAAUGUUUCUCGACAUGUUGUAUAGCCAGGGGUUGCAUCACUGUGUUGACCUCUGUCUUGGCGGCCUAUUCCUGUUUUUAGCGGGGCUGCAGCAGGUGGAAGCAGCAGCCGCCGCCGCGGAGAUGAGCAACUUGAACUGGAAGCCGUUCAUCUACGGAGGCAUGGCCUCGAUUGUCGCAGAAUUCGGGACAUUUCCCAUUGACCUGACUAAGACCCGACUACAGGUCCAGGGUCAGUCUCAGUACACGGAGGUGCGCUACAGAGGCAUGUUCCAUGCCCUCUUCAGGAUCGGCAAAGAGGAGGGCAUCCGAGCGCUAUAUUCUGGGAUUUCCCCCGCUCUGUUGAGACAAGCUUCUUAUGGGACAAUCAAGAUAGGAACCUACAACUCUCUGAAGAGGCUCUUUGUCAGUCGUCCAGAAGACGAGACCAUGGUCAUCAACGUCUUCUGUGGUGUCGUGUCUGGAGUCCUGUCCUCCUCUCUGGCCAACCCCACUGACGUCCUCAAGAUCAGAAUGCAGGCGCAGGGCAGCCUGCUCCAAGGCAGCAUGAUGUCCAACUUCAUCAACAUCUACCAGACAGAGGGCACCAGGGGGCUGUGGAGAGGUGUCAUUCCCACAGCGCAGCGAGCAGCCAUUGUCGUCGGGGUAGAACUUCCUGUCUAUGACAUAACGAAAAAGCACCUGCUUCGCUCUGGCCUCAUGGGAGACACAAUUUUGGCACAUUUCAUUUCCAGUUUCACGUGUGGCUUGGCGGGGGCACUGGCCUCCAACCCUGUGGACGUGGUCCGGACUCGUAUGAUGAACCAGCGAGUUCUGUCGGGAAGCCCCAUGUACAAAGGAACGCUGGAUGGAGUGAUGCAGACGUGGAAGAAUGAGGGCUUCUUCGCUCUCUAUAAGGGAUUCUGGCCAAACUGGCUGCGACUGGGGCCUUGGAACAUCAUCUUCUUCAUCACCUUCGAGCAGCUGAAGAAGCUCCCGUUUUAACACGCGUGGGACUUUGCUGGUCUGCUAGACUGUGUCAGGGAUAAGUGGAGUGUGAGCACGGCAGCACCUGGAGUUUUGACACCAGUAUUUUCACACUCCCCUGUAAAAUCCAUACAAAUGAUACAAGGCAGUAUCAGUCAUGUACCCAUGCUCAUCAAAAUCUAAUACUGAUUUCUCCUUUUUUUUUUUUUUAAGUGUUUUAUUUAUUGUCACUGUCUCUUUUUCCCUGCAGUUUUAAGGACUGUUGCUUUGAUGAUUACUGUUACCCUCAACCACCUUUCGACAAUCCCCGGGCAGCUCAAUGUCUGCUUGUAGCUGAAGACUGAAAGUUUGGAAGACUAGGUUUAUUUACUUAAGCUAAUGAGAAAGAAGGAGUUUACCACUGUGGAUAGGGUGAGUGGAAUCUCAUGAGCUUUGGCUUAUUUUUUUUUAUUUAUAAACAGACAAACAGAUAAUACUUAUGAUUGUUUGCUCAGGAUUCAUACACAGAUCUGGAAAAGCAUGGGAAAUGAAUUUAUUAAUACACCUUUGCAUUGCAGAAUGUCAGUUCAGAAGCUCAGACCUGCAUGGCUGCGCGAUUUUUUGGAGUUUGGUAAAAGAAGACAAGAAUAUGAAAUUUAAAAAAGAAUGAUGUGUAUGAACGCUGAAUUUGAACAGGCAUAGGCACUGCAUGAAACGUGAUAGGAAAAUAUCUCGCGAUUUAUCUGUUGAAUGUUGAGGGACUGCAUGGGAGAGACAACUAGUUACUGUACUCCGAAAGAACUGCACAGGCGGCUCGAAGACAGCGUUCAGGCUGAAAGUGUGGAGGAAAUAAAUCUCAACAGCGCUCCAGAUGAGUUAGGCAAUAUGCUAUGAUGCAGUUUUAAUUUAAUCAUUUUCAAGUGGGUCAGUUACACGUGAACUUCUGUAUCAAUCUAAAUCUGGGAGAAAAAAAACCCAAAACUUUUUCCCCCUUUUUAUUGUUAAUUUUUUGUUUUUGGACAUAUGGGAACAUGAACUCUGAAUAUCUGUGAUCUUAAAGAGAACAAUCAGAAAUCUAAACCAAAGCCUCUAAUGAGAAAAGGAAACAUUGAAUCCAGAUUAGUCACUCCUUUUUAAGUUUUUUUAUUUUUUUAAAGUUUAUUUUUGCUGUGGAGACAUUUAUUUUAUAUUUAUUUUCUGUUGCGAUCACCUCCAAUCUGCUGCAGGAUUAGGAGAUAAUGAGUUCCGGUUUGCUGGUAUAAUUCAUCAUUGACCCACAAGACAGCAAUCCAGUACACAAUGUAAAUGGCUGUACAGACUCAUUCACACAUAGAGGUGGAUGUAUUUUAUCUUCGGCAUGUCCAGGUGUACAUGCGAUGCCUUGUUGUGCAAUUUUUACUGUUUUGUGUCUCGUUUGAGGUAAAGUCAUGAGAUGAAUGGAAAAGAGGCAGCUGGUGUGGAUAGAAAGUGGAGAAGAGGGCCUCUGUGCCAAGUGUGUUUCUACCACACUGGGUUAAAUUUGUUUGCAGAUAAUUCUUUUUGUUUUUGGUUCUGUUUGCAGCUGCUCUGGGGCCAUUUAAAGGACAAACUGUGCUGGAAAGCAUCUGAAAGUCAGUGGAGUUAGAGUAGGCUACUUGUUUGAAAACGUUAGCGUAUUUGAAUUUUUUGUGAAUCACGUUAUCUAAACUCAACCCAUGUAAAACAGACCAAAUGCAUUUUUUUUUAAUAAGCUGUAUAAUAAUUUUAAAUUAUUUAAGGGAGUCCAUAAACAAUAUCUUCAACAGUAAUCAUAACAGAUGCUAUGAAUUAUUUCCCACAGGUGACCUCACUCCUUCAUCCACCUACAUCACCAAACCUUUUCUUUAAUGUCAGAUGUUAUGUUUUCAAAGUAUUGUAUUGAUUCAUUUUAAAAGCUGAAGGUAUUUUUUUUUCUCAACUUUUGGUUAUCCUCAUGACAGCGUUUUUUUUGUUUUUGUUUUUUUGUUUAAGGUGGCCAGUCAAAGACAUUUUGAAUUCUGUACUAUAACUGACGCACAUUGAAAAUAUGCUAUAACUUGUACCUUCAACAGCGCUUGUCUACAUGUCUACUGCUGUAGGCAAUGAUGCUGCUUGAUUUAUUUAUAUUCCCUGGUCUGUGCUGCCGUUGGCUUGAUAUACUUGAGCAACAAGAUUGUGAACCAGCUUAGCUCUUGGUCAUCUUUCAUCCAUACUUCUGUUCUGCCCUGCUUUCAUAUACUUUUUGGAUUUUGCGAAAUGAAUCGAUGAUCGUCGCAUUUGCAGAAAUUUCACAAACGGCCCUUUUGUACCGAUCCUGACUCCAGAAUCCAAAAUCAGUGUGUCCCAAUCUAAACCUUAUCUUUGUUAUCAGAUUUUUAACGUCUCCAAUAGAGAGUAAAAUUUCCAAGGAGUUUUUAGUUUCUUCUUGAGCUUUGGUUGGCUGGAGCUAUUCGUACUGUUUUUUUUCCAGCUGUUACUCCAAUUUACAUUUCAUUGUGGGGCAGUCAAGUCUGUCAACACAUCACAGCAGUUUUAGUUUGCUUUUUCCCCCUCUUUUUAAGUGUACUUCAUUUUGUCAUUUUUCCAGUGUGAACCUGCAACAUCAUACUCAAAACAUUGUUUUGUGCUGUCUGGACACAGCUCAAAACUUAGGCCACUGAAGAGUGUUCCCAGUGUGUUUCUGCUUUUCUGAUGAACUCAUUGUAAAGAUAUUUUAAUACAAUCCUUGAGUCCUGGGAGACUUGCACUGUUAAAGCCUUACACUUUACAUUGAUCACCUAUUAACAGUGUUAUUCUAUGAUAAUGUUGCUUCUCUGCCCAUUCUGAUGCCUCAUUAGUAUAUUGAGCAGGUGGGUUUUUCGUCUUUCUUUUACUGUCCACAGAUUGCACUUACAGCUCUCAAUAUUGAAGUUAAUACGUUAAAAAAAGUGCCGUUGUGAGGAGAUGUGUUACCUCAGCAGUCGUGCUUUCCGGAGCCAUUUAAACUGUCUGCGAACAGCGUAUCAUUUUACUUGAGUACAGCAGAGAAUUGCCGUUUCAACCACUCCCCCCCCCCCGCUCAUCUGUAAAACAUUUCCCUUCCUGUAAACUGUGUGUGGAGGGGUUCUGAUCAGGUUUAUGUGAAGUUUAAUCGGCUUGUCGAGUAACCAUAAAUUGUCGGCUGAGUUUCAGAGGAGUAAAAAUCAGCUCCUACUGCAGAUAUUCAGUGUGUGAGUGCAGGGUUAAUCUGAGCACAGGGGCUAAUGUUAGGAUUAGGUUCAGGACUCAGGCUGAGGCCAGAGGUCAGGUGGAGAUGCAGCUAAUAUUUGUGUAAGGCUGUUAUAGAUAAUACAGACACAUCUGAAAACACAGUUUUGCCUUUGGUUUUGGGGCCCAUCCACAACGGAGCAACUGCAGAUGCUUUAAAAUGCUGAGAUUAGUCAGCCGUUUCUUUUCUUUUGUUGGCAUUUACCAUUUAUUUAACAACCAAACUUUUUGUAUUGUUUGUAGUUCGAAAACAAUUAGUUGAUUAGUCGAUCAACAUGAAUAAAAUAUAUGUUGCAAUCAGUUCAUUAUCAAGCAAAAAUGUCAAACAUUUACUGGUUCCCGCUUCUCAUAUGUCAACAUUUGCGGCUUUUAUUUCAUCUUUAGGUUCUCUGAAAUUCUGACGGGCAUUUGUCUCAAAUCUCUAAUUGUUUUGGCUUUUCAGCAUGAAUUGCAAACCAUUAGAAACUUAUCUGAAAUUGCCAGUGUGGAAGGAAACCUUUCAGAAAAUAGCACUUUCAGAUUUAUACAUAUUAGUGUGGACAUUACUGAACAUGUAGUUUAUGUCCGCCGGCCCGUUAGUCAAUAAAGUGUUCACAUAAGUUACAAUAAUAUCACGACAUAAGUGGACAUUUGAAUUUCAAAUUUUGACUACUACUGAAAAGCAGUGAAAACUGACUGGAUGGGACUAAAUUUACUUCUGUCAGUUGGAUUGAGGAGGAGUUGCGUGAACUGGGAUACAAACGAAUACACAAAUCUCAAAAUUGUUGAUCACGCUGGGUGUAAAAGUUGCUUUAAUGCUAACCAACAACUUGCUUUGUGCGCUCCUUCGCACACUGUUGUGAAUGUAAACACUAUUGUGAUACUUGGUAUGGUAAAUUAUGAGACUGUGUUUCUGUCAUGUACCUAUUUAUGGAGACUGUCAAACUGAACAACAAAGUCAAGACACGAAGGCAGCAUCACCUUAAAGGGAUCCAAAUUAAAGUCCUGUAGUUUAGCUCAGUAAUUGUUUGUGUUGUAAAAGUUGCCAUUCUGGCAAAAUCAAUUUUAGAGCCGUUUAGGGGAAUUGCUUUAAUGUUUUAAGCUUAUGCGGGUUUUAUCUAUUUUCUUAUUAUUUGAAAGAGUUAAUGCUUUUAUUUUGAUCUGAUUUUGACCUUAGAAUGAUUCAUCUAUUUAUUUGACUGUUCAGUGCACCUGAACACAGUUCAGCUGGUGCUGCUUUCCACUCCUGCUUUGAUUCCUUUAAAAAGUAUUUAAUGCCCUCGCUGGCUUUUUAUUUUAUUUUAUUUUUUGGAAACAUUUUUAUGUUUUAAUUUAAACUGUUACCAAGUGCUCUGAGUCAACCAUGUGAACAACUCUUCACUUAUUUGCCUACUAAUUCAUUCCUUAAUGUGCAAAGCGCGUAGCAAAACACAAGCUGACCUAAAGUAAAACGAUUAUGAAAACUAAAGAGAACAGAAUAUUUAAAAUUAUCUACUUGUCUAUAAAUACAGAGCAACGGCGUUUUUUUUUGAUUUUGCAGUGUCUUAAAUUAUCCUUUAAAGAAUUGCUCGACAUUUUGGGAAAUGUGCUUUAAAAAAUGUUGUGGUUUUAUAUUUGAGUUACGUGCUGGGCGGACCAAUAGGCAGUUGUUUAUCAAGAAAUGGUUACAGCAUGUAACCCCCUCCAAAACCACAGCUUAACCUUUUAAACAAACAAGAUAUUUAUUAGUGAGCUUUAGAGGUGUUGGUAAGCAUGUUUUUUUAACUUUGGAGAAAACCAGGCUGGCUGUUUCCCCCUGUUUCAGGUCUUAAUGCUAAGCUAAGUUAACUGGCUGCUGGCUCUCGCUCCAAACUUAAAGUACUGACAUGAAAAUGGUAUCGAUCUUCUUCUAAGAGUAUUCAACAAACUGUCGAACGCUGCCUUUUGUGAGUUUUUAGGCCUGGUCACAUCAGAAAGUGGUACAGUGAAAUAAAACUCAGUGCAUCACGGUGAAAUAUUUAUUAAACGGCACAAAUUUGUGGUGGAGUUCACCAAAGUUUAAAAAUUCAUACAAAUUUACUAAUCGUGGCAGUUCCGUUGGAAGGAAUAAACAUUUCCAAAGAUAUUAUACGGGCAGAAUGUUUGGGAAGUGUGUAUAAGUCGAAGCUCAAGGCAUCCACACUUUUUCCAUAGAGCAGCCAUAAAAUGGAUUCUUUUCACUCAGUGUAAGCACCUAAUAGCUUGAAGGAAGAGCUACACAGCUACCAUGUGGGAAUAAGGGCUUAUGGAUAAACUUAAAGUUGCUUAACUGAGACCAUGUGUCUUGAUGGUUUAAAGGCAUAAGACAUUUCUUAUUAUGGGGAAAAACUUUAUUGAAGUGUCCCAUCCAACUGUAUGUUUUGGGAAUGUGGGUAAAUCCACACCAACACGGGGAGAACAUACAAACUCCUCGCAGAAAGGGUGGAGGAAGGGAAUCGAACCUUCACUUUGAUGCUGUGAAGCCGCAGUGUCAUGAUGAGAUGUUUACUUGCUUGUCCGGGGGAAGGGGUUGCGGUGGGAUGGGGCUGAUCAUGGGCUGGUCAAUCAGGCCUUGAAUGGCGUCAUAAUAGCUUUGCCAACAGAUGAGAAAAACCUGGCGAUGGCGUUCUUCUUUGGAGUCGGAGCGGGCACUGUAAGGUGAGUCUUCAAGGCCUGGAUAAUAGGGUUGUUAGUAGUGAAGUGCUCUGAUCCCAAGGCUUGCAGAAGCACCUCUACAGAGCCAAACUGCCUAAACACGUCCCUGAACACAGCCUUGUAGGUCUUCUUGACAGUUUGAUGGUUUAAGCUCACAACAAUGUCGGUGAGCUUGAUGUAUUUCAAUGCUUUGUCUCUCAGAUUCUUGAUGAUCAUGUCGAAAUCGCUUUGGAGCAGUGAUAUCUGGGCCUUCUUGGCGGUAUGCAGCAGCAACCCUGUAAGCACCAGGACAACCAGUAUGUGCGCUGUGUCAUCUUCUGGCAUUUUUGCUGACUCAGAGCUACAAAGGUCAGAAGAAACAGCUGGCGCAGCUGUGGAGUCACUAGGCUGAUCCUCACAUGGUGAGGCCAGGGUUACUGUCUGACAAACUACCCUGCUUUGACCACCUGGUCCACUGUCAAUAGUUUCAACAGAUGACCCUGUGGUCCAGUCCUCAGAUUGGCCCUCUGUAUCUGUGAGGUCAUAGCUGUGCCGGUUUUCAUCAGUGAUUUGUACACUGUGAUUCUUAGAUACUUCAGUAUCAGAAUAUUUACCAUCUGUAUCAGAGUCUAAGUAACUGUGUAUCGAAUCAAAGCUUUCACUGGAUAGCCAGCUAUCCAACUCCUCGUAACAGAGAGAUGCAUUUUUAUCCACAUAUAUGUUACGGGUGAAUUCAGUGACCUCUGUCAGUAUUUGUCUCACUUCUCUGUUCAAAAUACAAUAGGUAACUUCACAGGGCCCCUGCUCUACAACGAAAAGCUUUGGUUUUUUUGCUUGGUCGUCCUUUAAGGCUGAAGUGCUACUGGCCUCCUCUGACGUUCUGAGCACUGGUGUACACCGGCAGUUCGCGUCGCACAUGCAUCUUAAUAUUUUAAUAACUAGACCAAUCAUGGUAUUAAGAGUUUCAAAACUUAUGCAGUUACACUCAUAAGUCCUGGAUCCCAAAUGCGAAAUGUUGGAGGACAUUCUCUCAGCUAUGCGAUAGUUUACUCUCGCUGUCACCUCUUUUGCAACUAACCAGGUGAAUAGGUCUAAACUCUCACAUUUAAUAAUUCUUUUGACGUCUAAAGAGUUAGCGAAACACUGUGGAAGGAUGUUUUUCAUGUUCGCCAAGACGGAUCUCUCAUCUAUCCCGAAGAAACACUGGGAGGGGUGUACAAGUUCAUAUAUCCGGGGAGCUUUCCUGUGCCAGUCUGAAGUGAUAGGCUUAAUGCCUUCCAUAAUAAUUAGGGACGACAAAUUAACAAUGUAAUGACAUAUCUCAAUCAGAUAAGGCCUAGUUUUAUCGUCGUGCAUGCCAGAUUUCACCGAGUCCCAGUAAGUUCUGACCAAAUACGUGGUGUAUGGGCCGGUCCAUAUGUCAGGUACUCCAACAUAAGCAGCCACUUGUAGUCCUGUUGGAUCCAUGGUGAACGUUGGCGGAUUUUCAGCUGAUCCUCUGUCAAGAUGUCCUCGGUUUGUGUUUUCUGUGGUUUGGUUCAGUUGCGUAGUUGAGAUAAUCAAUGUGUCCUUGACAACAUCAAAGGCAUUCGGCUGUGAUGUCAUCGUACUCGGUUAGAUGACAUCAUGAUGAUGUCACGUCCCGUGAAUCCUUUAUAGCAUCAGAGCGCCUUUGAUAACGUCUAAGAAAUACAGCACAUCCGUUUAUCUGUUGACUUUUUGUAAAUAAAAUUAACAAAGAAUAUUUCAUUUUUAUUGAACCCCUUGUGUGGCCUAAUUAUAGCACAAACUAUGGUGAGUGUAAACUGGUUUUUCUCCGACCCCCUAUUGAAUAAAUAGGGGGUCUGUUUGUGUUUAUGUUUAGUUUUCUUCGCUAGAGCACCAUUUCCCUGUCUCAUGUUGAACAAAACUAGCACACUGUUACACUGAUCGAAUGAAGAAGAUAUUCGCCGUUAAUUUAGUAUCUGAUUUCCGGCCAAUCAGUCACAUUCCUCCUGAUCAGAGCAGAAAAACAUCCUGAAAUCCUGUGGAUUGAUUGAAAUUUCUUCUCUGCAUGUGUAGUUUAUUGGUUUUUAUUGUUCGGUGGUACUUUCUGAAUGACUUCUUCAUUUAAAGGCCAAAGUAGUGCACCCUUUACUACAAACGUCUUGUAGGUUUGUUUUUGGCGUCCCACUUCCAUCAAAAUGCCGUUUCAGAGGCUUCAGUUCAGACAAAAUGUUCCCUCAUUUGGAUUUUAAAAUACUUUGUGGAAGUGUGGAAAUUGUUAGAACUGACAAAUCGGCAUUUGUGUGGCAUUCUGACAGGAUACGAAAAUCUAUAAAUAUUUUUGUGCAUUUUCUCAUCACUUCCACUGAUCAUUUGCACUUUGGUGUCUGCUCAGCUUGUACCAUUACUGUGUAUAACCUUUUUGCCUGUUUAUUUAAAGAAUUUCUAUGGUGGAAGUGUGAAGUGGAGGGUACUUUUUUAUUUUUCUUAGACAGAAUGGUUUUGGCUUUAUAUAAAUUCAGUGUUCACUCAAAUAAAAUAUAUGCUGUGAUUGUUUCGGUAU